GUACCGUCAACUUGACAUUGACAGGUAUUAUGUUUCUUCUCGUUUCUUGUGCAGUGACUAGAUUCGUAAAUUCCUCUAACAUAUUUUGCUGAAAAUUCUGUGAAAAUGGCUACUGUCGAGGAGUUGAAGAAGAAGGUAAUGGAGCUGGAAUCGAAGCUAGCCGCUUGCCAGGGAAAUGUGGGUCCAGCGAGGGAGAAAAUCCAAGUUAUGUCGUCUGAAGUAGUCGACUCCAACCCUUACAGUCGUUUAAUGGCGCUCAAGAGGAUGGGCAUAGUGGACAACUACGAGAAGAUCCGUGAGCUCUCUGUGGCCGUGGUGGGAGUGGGUGGGGUGGGCAGCGUCACAGCUGAGAUGCUGACUCGUUGCGGUAUUGGAAAGCUCAUCUUAUUUGACUACGACAAAGUGGAGCUAGCGAACAUGAAUCGUCUGUUCUUCCAACCGCACCAAGCAGGGCUCAGUAAGGUGGACGCUGCGGCAGGCACGCUGCAGUCCAUCAACCCAGACGUGGCCAUCGAUGCGUACAAUUACAAUAUUACCACUGUUGACAACUUCCAGAAGUUCUGUGAUACUAUCAGAACAGGCAGCCUGACCGGUGGCCCAGUGGACCUGGUACUAAGCUGUGUGGACAACUUCGAGGCACGCAUGGCCAUCAACACGGCCUGCAACGAGCUCAACCAGAAGUGGUUCGAGUCAGGUGUCAGUGAGAAUGCUGUGUCCGGACACAUACAGUUCAUAGUGCCCGGGGAGACUGCUUGCUUUGCUUGUGCUCCACCACUGGUUGUGGCAUCGAAGAUCGAUGAGAAAACAUUGAAAAGAGAUGGUGUGUGCGCUGCCAGUCUGCCAACUACCAUGGGGAUUGUAGCAGGUUUCUUAGUACAAAAUACGCUGAAGUACCUCUUAGAAUUCGGCACAGUUAGUCACUAUUUAGGAUAUAGCGCACUCACAGAUUUCUUCCCUUCAAUGGCUUUGAAGCCCAACCCUCAAUGCGACGAUAGCUUCUGCCGCGCGCGCCAAGUGGAAGUGCGCGCGCGGCCCGUCGUAGAGGUCGCUACUGAGGUCAAGGAGGACGUGGCGCCCCUCCACGCCGAUAACGAUUGGGGCAUCUCGCUUGUAGACGAAAAUAAUCCUGAAGAUGACGACAACAAUCUGAACUUGGUUGAUGGUGUGCAGGUGGCAUACAGCAUCCCAGUUGAUAACAGCACACCAGAAUCAAGCACCGGAGGCGCGGUGGCCGCCUCAGAAUUAUCGCUCGAGGAGCUCAUGCAGCAGAUGAAGUCCAUGUAAACAUAUCACGACGAGGCAAAGGUACGUUGUAGGUUGUUGUAUGAAGUGGCCAAAAUGCUUGGUGCCGAUACUAAGCAGAAAAAAAAAAUAGAAACCACAAUGGAUUUUGAUCUUUGACUCUAAGGGGUAAGGUUUGAAAUCAAUUGUGGAAUGUUUUAUUUUGUGGUAGGCUAGCCAAUGUGACAAUCGAAAGAGUUUAUUGAGUAGAAUCACUAUGAUUUGCUUUUGUCCAUUAUUGGUUUGAAUGUUAUUAUUGACGCCCAGAAAAACCCAACAUAAUAAUAUGUUUUUAGAAUAAUUAUUACGGGCUAAUUUAUACAAACUAUUGUCACUGCGCACUGCAUCGCUCUCUGAAACCUUCAAACGAGCAUAAUUCUUCUGGACUUCAGUAAUUUGAUGAUUUUCUAAUUUGGUCAAAUUCAAAAAACUUACCUCGUAAGAGUUAGAGGCGUAUUUGAUAAUAAGCUAUUUUCGUUAUAUAGCUUAAACAUAACGAAUGAAACAUAAGCAGAACCUCAAGGUGGACAAACGUCAUUCUAAAUGCCAUAAAAAGUGCAAUAUUUUUCUACUGAUAUUGUGGCAAUAUCGUAUUACUUAUUUAUUAUAAAAAAUCUGUCAUCUCAUGGCAAAAUAUGUAAUAUAUUUGAGAAAAGGAAUAAUAUUGUUAAUUAAUUUUAAUUUGAACUAAACUUGUAAAAAGCACAAACUUCCAUUAUGCAUUUUAUUUUUUACAUAUACAAAUGUAUCAUUAUUUCACUGUGUUAAAAGCCGGCCUUAAACUAAUUUAGAAUUAAAAAUAUACCUAUUAUAACUCAAAUUAUUAGAAGAUAAAAGUCACAAAACAGAAUAAACAAUGUCAAAUUAUUUAU